GACGCUCUUAAGACGCUGCUAUUUUGAAUGAGUAUCCUCAGGGCAGUUUGGAGGAGGUAAUCCGAGCUACGAGCCCAAAGACGACGACGGUCAUAAGAAAUUGGAACAUUGAGUCGCAGGUCAUGUGAAGGAAGAAACAAACCGUAGUUCGCCCGUGUGACCACGAUCCGGCACCACGGGAGCUAACGUAGUUCUGUCUCUCGACUCGACCACUCUUCUUUGGACACUCUACACUCCUUCGAAUGCGAAAUCCUCGAAUCGAUCCGACAGUAAUUUCAGUGCAUCGAUUUUAGCUUGCAGGCGAAGGUCGUGCCAGAAAGAAGUGGAGGAGCGCUUUCAGUAUCACAGAUUUUUCAUUGUCGUAUCUCUGUGAUUUUCGCCCGAUUGGUACAGGGGAGGAGUAUGCAAUUUCCGGUUUUGCGAUUUUGAGAUAUUCCGCAGCCAUGAGGGCAUCCGUUAAUCGUCCACCAACUCCUGAUGCGGAUGAGGAUAAGGAAGCUGAGCCCACUCUGCAAGAAAUAAUCAAUAUCAAGCUAAUAGAAAGCGGGGAGAAGGAGCGCUUGAAAGAGUUGCUGCGAGAACGGCUGAUUGAGUGCGGUUGGAGAGACGAGUUGAAAGCUCAGUGCAGAGCAUUCACAAGAAAGAAGGGUAGGAGCAAGAUCACAGUGGAUGAGAUCGUACGCAAUAUUACUCCAAAAGGGCGAGCUAUGGUUCCAGACAAUGUUAAGGCCGAAUUGUUGCAGCGCAUACGCGCCUUCCUCAUGUCAGAUGCCUUGUAGAGGGAGCGAGUCACGAGUAUGUCUCAAGUGUCAAAAACCGGGGCAGCAGUGAGCACGUAAAGAACUAGAUAUUGUACAUGCAUGUAGAUUUAUCUUUAUAUUGCUCGUAUCAUUCAGGCCGAUCAGCUCUUAUAGGCACGGAAGAACGGAUUUUCAUGAUGCAGCAUUGUGGGCAGACGUUACUCAUGUACAGAUCUUGGACUGCGUCAACCCAAUGCAAAUUUACUGGUAGAUUAGCAGGUGCGGACUUCAUGUGCACUGACUCGGAAGUAUUCUCGAAUCCUGAAGCACUCACGGGUUCUGUGAACGAGUUCAAGAACUGCUUGAUUGAGAACGAUGAUAAAAGUGUCGCGCUGCUCCUGCGCUGUGGUUUCCACUAUCUCAUUGUCUACAUUCUGUUCCACACGGGAAGACAUCGAUGAAGUGUCCAAUUUCAGAUAUUAUGCCAAACAAAAGCACCGGAAAAAAUAGUAAGAAGUAACAAGUGUAAAUUUGAAGUGGUUGGAAUGAAGUUUAUGCCAGG